AUGUUGGGUGCAUUGCUUGUGUUGGUCGCUGUGCUUGCGCAGUGUGCACUUGCGCACACGGUCGAUUUGCAUCCGAACUCGGAGCAUUGCUUUUUUGAGGAUAUGCAUUCCGGGGACGAGAUGACGCUGACUUACCAAGUGUCAGGCGGUGGCCACCUGGAUAUUGACACCUGGAUCAAGAAUCCCGACGGGCAGACCUUGUUUGAACAGAUCCGCAAGGAUACAGGCUCAUACGAGUUUAUUGCUGAUAAGGAUGGACGCUACACGUACUGCUUUAGCAACGAAUUUUCGCACGUCACAGAUAAAACGCUAAGCUUUAAUGUGCACGGCGUCUUAUACCUGACGGAGGACGAGGGGCUUAUUCCCGCAGAACGUGAGCUGCGUGAUCUUGCAAACAACAUUCAGAUGUUUAAGGAUGAACAGCAGUACUUGGUGAUGCGCGAACGCAUCCAUCGUAACACCGCGGAAAGCACAAAUUCGCGCGUAAAGUGGUGGUCGAUCAUGCAAACUAUGCUUAUAGUUGCGACCUGUGGCUUCCAAAUUUAUUUCGUAAAACGGUGA